UGAAACUGGUGAUCCUGAGGACAGGUUAUUGAGGUAUUGGGUAAGCCCCUUAGACGAUGCAGUGGGACAUCCCCCUUCCCAAGAGAGAGGUAUAAGGGAAGUGAAUCUGAUCCCCAAGAAAGCCAUUGCAGGAGAGAGAGUCCAUGGAUGUAAGGAAAGAGAAAAAAUGCUUUCUGCAGGAGAAAGAUCCCACAGAUAUGAAGUCUGUGGCCAGAACUUCAAACAGAAGUCAGAAGUAACUGAACAUCAGAAAACUGGUAAUAUAAAGAAAACCUAUGAAUGUAAGGAAUGUGGAAAAACUUUCAAUCGGGGCUCAAACCUGAUUGUACAUCAGAGAAUUCAUACAGGAAAGAAACCAUAUGUAUGUAGUGAAUGUGGAAAAGACUUUAAUCAAAGUUCAAAUCUUAUUAUACAUCAGAGAAUUCAUACAGGAAAGAAACCUUAUAUAUGUCAUGAAUGUGGAAAAGACUUCAAUCAGAGCUCUAACCUGGUCCGACAUAAGAGAAUUCAUAAUGACGAGAAUCCCUAUGAAUGUAAAGAGUGUGGAAAGGCCUUCAAGGGAAGCUCGAACCUUGUCCUGCACCAGAGAAUUCACAGUGGAGGGAAGCCAUAUGUAUGUAAUGAGUGCGGAAAGGCCUUCAAUCAAAGCUCAGAUCUUAUUAUCCAUCACAGAAUUCACAGUGGAGAGAAACCCUAUGAAUGUUAUGAUUGUGGACAAACUUUCAGUCAGAGUUCACACCUUGUCACACAUCAGAGAAUUCAUACUGGAGAGAAACCCUUCAAGUGCAACACCUGUGAAAAGGCCUUCAGGCAGCGUUCACGCCUCACAGAACACCAGAGACUCCACAGUGGGGAGAGGCCCCAUGUAUGUCACAAAUGUGGGAAAUCCUUCAGUGGGCGCACAGCCUUUCUUAAACAUCAGAGACUACAUACUGUAAAGGAACUUGAAUGUGAAAAAGCCUGCACUUCGGACUUAGCUCUUAUCCAACAACAGAGAACUCACAGGGAAGAAAAACCUUAUGAAUGUACUGAGUGUGGAAAAACUUUCCGGGGAAGUUCAGAUCUAAUUCGGCAUUGGAUAACUCACACUGGAGAGAAACCCUAUGAAUGUAAUGAAUGUGGGAAAGCCUUUAGCCAGAGGUCGCACCUUGUUACACAUCAGAAAAUUCACACUGGAGAGAAACCCUAUCAGUGCAAUGAAUGUGGGAAAGCCUUCCGGCAGCGUUCACUCCUUGUCCAGCAUCACAGAAUCCACAGUGGUGAGAAACCCUAUGAAUGUAAGGAAUGCGGAAAAGCCUUCAUCUGGCGCACGGCUUUUCUCAAACAUCAGAGACUUCAUACUGGAGAGAAACUUGUGGAAGAUGAGAAAACAUUCAGCAAGGAAGAGUUGCUUAGAGAAGAGCGGAGAAUUCACCAAGAAGUGAAAGCUUAUCAGUGCAAUCAGUGUGGUAGAACUUUCCGAGGCAGCUCAGACCUCAUCCGCCAUCAGGUAACUCAUUCAGGAGAGAAACCCUAUGAAUGUAAAGAAUGUGGGAAAACUUUCAAUCAGAGCUCAGACCUUAUGAGACAUCACAGAAUUCAUAGUGGAGAAAAACCUUAUAUGUGCAAUAAAUGUGGGAAAUCUUUCAGGGGCAGCUCAGAUCUCAUUAAACACCACCGUGUUCAUACUGGAGAGAAACCCUAUGAAUGCCCUGAAUGUGGGAAGGCCUUCAGUCAGAACUCACACCUUGUUAGUCACCAGAGAAUUCACACUGGAGAGAAACCCUUUGAAUGUAGCAACUGUGGGAAGGCCUUCAGUGGGCGCACAGCUUUUCUUAAACAUCAGAAACUUCAUACUGGAAAGGAGCUUGGGGAACACAAGAGAGUCCACAAACAGGACUUAUUCUAAUAGGUAACAGAGACCUAAUGAACAUAGGAAACGUCUGAUGGAGACCACAUCAUAUUACACAAUAGAAGGUUUUUAUUGCUGAAAACUCUUUGAAGGUAGGAAAACAUUAGAAGAGCCCUACUGGAUGGAAAACAUAUAAGUGUAAUGUGGGAAAGCUCUUGGACAUAAUCACCUUUUCUCUGCCUCAGAGUUGACACUGGAGUAUGGUCCCCAGGAUAAAAUUAAUUGAGAAUGUUUUAGGGGACUUCCAUUGUUAAUAAAAUCAUUAGAAAUCACUUUGUCAACAACCCCCAAACUAUAUUCUUCAUGGAAGGAGCCAUUUCAAUCUCGACUACCUAGUCCAGUGACAAGUAUAAAUCUGCUUUAGGUACUUUAGAGUGAUUAAAUCUUUCUCUGGGAUGAGUUCUUCUCAUUAGAUAUAUAUUUUAUACAUAUUCCCCUUUUGUCUCCUUAUAAAAAUAUGAUUAUGCAUAUGUGAUAAUACUAAUUAGAAUGAUCCAUUAAUUCAGGGGUCCCCAACCUCCGGGCCGCAGACAGGUACUGGGCCGAGGCCUGUAAGGAACCAGACCACACAGCAGGAGGUGAGCAUCGGGCGAGCGAUCGAAGCUUCAUCUGCCACUCCCCAUCGCUCGCAUUACCUCCUGAACCAUACUCCUCCCCCUCCACCCCUGAUCCAUGGAAAAAUUGUUUUCCAAGAAACCGGUCCCUGGUGCCAAGGAGGUUGGGGACCACCGCAUUAACUGAGAGGAAACAAAAAAUAAUAGAAAUGACUUGACAACAGGAGAGCUGAAGGCCAGGACACAAGAGCCAAGUGAGGUAUUCCCCAGAGAAAGAAUGGUGAUGAUUAGGAGUAUCAGGAAAUGAAAGAGCAAAGAAAGGACAGUGGGUGUUGGGAAUAAGAUUGGACUGAGCACCAGGGAAGAGUAUUUAGGUGACCUGAGUUGCUGGGAAUUAGAAGAAAGCAACAACUGUGAAAGGUCAGGAGAUUAGAGGAGAGUAGUUUUAUCUUGAACCAGGGCUUUGUAAUUAUUUGAGAACUGGAGAGUCUAAGUAGAACUCUGAAAGAGAUCAGUGGGGGGUGCCUUCAAGAUGGCAGAGAAGUAAGACGUGGAGAUCACCUUCCUCCCCACAAUUACAUAAAAACUACAUCUACAUGUGGAACAACUCCUACAGAACACCUACUGAACACUGGCAGAAGACCUCAGACUUCCCAAAAGAUGCCCUCAGGUGACCUACACACAGAGGUGUGGCCAAAUCCAAAGCUGAACCCCAGGAGCUGUGCAAACAAAGAAGAGAAAGGAAAAUCCCUCCCAGCAGCCUCAGGAGCAGUGGAUUAAAUCUCCACAAUCAAAUUGAUGUGCCCUGUAUCCCUGGAAUACCUGAAUAGACAACAAAUCAUCCCAAAAUUGAGGCUCUUGGUGCUCUGGCCGGGUGUCAGGCUUGAGCCUCUGAGGUGGGAGAGCCAAGUUCAGGACAUUGGUCCACCAGAGACCUCCAGCCCCCACGUAAUAGCAAACAGCGAAAGCUCUCCCAGAAAUCUCCAUCUCAACACUAAGACCCAGCUCCACUCAACGACCAGCAAGCUACAGUGCUGGACACCCUAUGCCAAACAACUAGCAAGACAGGAACACAGCCCCACCCAGUAGCAGAGAGGCUGCCUAAAAUCAGAAUAAGUUCAUAGACACCCCAAAACACACCACCGGACGUGGUCCUGCCCACCAGAAAGACAAGAUCCAGCCUCAUCCACCAGAACACAGGCACCAGUCCCCUCCACCAGGAAGCCUACACAACCCACUGAACCAACCUUAUGCACUGGGAGCAGAAACCAAAAAUAAUGGGAAUUACGAACCUGCAGCCUGUGAAACAGAGACUCCCAAGCACAGUAAGUUAAGCAAAAUGAGAAGAGAGAGAAAUACACAGCAGAUGAAGGAGCAAGGUAAAAACCCACCAGACCAAACAAAUGAAGAGGAAAUAGGCAGUCUACCUGAAAAAUAAUUCAGAGUAAUGACAGUAAAGAUGAUCCAAAAUCUUGUAAAUAGAAUGGAGAAAAUACAAGAAACGUUUAACAAGGACCUAGAAGAACUAAAGAGCAAACAAGCAAUGAUGAACAACACAAUAAAUGAAAUUUAAAAUUCUCUACAGGGUUUCCCUGGUGGCGCAGUGGUUGAGAGCCCUCCUGCCAAUGCAGGGGACACAGGUUCAUGCCCCGGUCCAGGAAGAUCCCACAUGCCGCGGAGCGGCUGGGCCCGUGAGCC